UAAAAUUGGCACAGUUUUCAAUUAGUGAUCGCUUUAGUAACAUUGCUCAAAACUAGUUCCAUAAUAUGUUCAGAUUACUCACCAUCGUAAUUGCUGUCGUCCUUUCGGCUGCGCUAACACAGGCCCGUCCCAGCUUGAAGUACCUGCCAACUGUUGCAGAGCAUGUGGAAUAUACGCCAACCGUAGUUGGGCACACCGUGCACUCACUGCCCACCGCAGUGUCGCAUCAGAGUCAAACCAUUGUGCACGAGAAGCGUCCCUACCUGCGUCCCAUAGUGGAGCACACGCCCAUUAUCAAGACAUACACGCCAAUUGUGAAGACAUAUUCGCCGGUGAUUAAAACUUAUGCCCCAAGCACAAGUGUGGCUUGGCCUGCAGUUUCCUAUGGAUCGGUGUAUCCUUCAGCUUAUGCCGGCUUAUACGAUGGCUGGAGUUCACCGGCCGUUAAAAGUGUCUAUGGCGGCUGGAGCUCUGGCUGGAAACCAAGUACGGCUUAUGAGGAUUGGGAUGCAUGGGCGUUGAAAAAAUAA